CUUCAGCAGCGGCGAGAGCAGAAAGCUGAGCCUGAGACUGCAGCACAUCCUCAGCCCACCUGACAGCCAGCACCGAACACCGGACAGCCAGCACCGGACAGCCUCCCGGUUCACACCGAUAAUCACAGACCGCGUCCUGGUCAGGAAUGGGGGGCACCUAGCCCGCUGGCUGAAUAACUAGAUUCCCCUCGAAGCGGUAAAGGCUUACGGAGCACCAGAAAGAUGGUUUCCUGGAUGAUUUCGAGGAUGGUUGUCCUUGCCUUUGGGACACUUUACCCUGCAUAUUCAUCAUACAAGGCUGUCAAAACGAAGAACGUGAAGGAAUAUGUGAAGUGGAUGAUGUACUGGAUAGUGUUUGCAUUGUUCACUACAGCAGAGACGGCCACAGAUCUGCUCCUGUCAUGGUUUCCAUUUUACUUUGAGCUAAAGAUUGCCUUUGUGAUCUGGCUCCUCUCCCCAUACACUAAAGGCUCCAGUGUGCUCUACCGCAAAUUUGUUCACCCAACGCUGUCCAACAAAGAGAAGGAGAUCGAUGAGUACAUAGCGCAGACCAAAGCCCGGAGUUAUGACACCAUGAUGAAGUUUGGAAAGAGGGGUCUCAACCUCGCUGCUAAUGCUGCUGUCACCGCGGCCAGCAAGGGGCAGGGCGUGCUGUCGGACAAGCUGCGGAGCUUCAGCAUGCAGGACCUGACUCUCAUCAACGCUGAGGAUGAGCUGUCCCUGCACACUACGGAGACCCGCAAGAGACGGGACACCAUGGACGACAUGAGCUCGGGGGCCAGCACGAUUAGCUCAGGGGCAAGCACGAUGAGCUCGGGGGCCAGCACGCUGCCCCGGGCCAAGAGCACUUCUGCACGGCAGACCCGCUCCUUGGCAUCUGUGUCCCUUGCCGACGAUGCGUCAUCCCAACACGGCUCCGACCAAUCAGACACGCGGACUGAACACUCUGAUGAAGUGGAUGAAGCAGUAGACAAAGCCCCCAAACGCACUACCAGUGUCAAGACAACCAAGAAACCUGCUGCUAAGACGGAGACUCAAACUAAGACAGUGAAGAAGCCAGUGAAGAAAAAGACCACGACUAACAAUGCAGAGACGCCGCCAUGAGGCCUGAUCCAUCCAGCGGCCGACUCUCUCUCCAACGCAUAUACACUGUAUAUAUAUCAAGCACUGAAAAUGUGUCACUCUUGCAGUUUUUAGAGCAAAGUGCAGGUACACUGUCUGUGGGCACCCUUGGGUUGGGAGCAGUUCUUUAACAUUGGCUCGGUUGUUGCACAUUUUUUCCUCACGCUUUGCUUACUGUGAGCUCAUCCCAGAUUCAACAGGCGGCCAUUUUCUUUAGAUAAGUUUUUAGUCCGAUAAUGUUUAGGCAUACAUUUAAUUAAUGCUACUUUUUUCUUUUACCCCUACACACAUCUGUCUGUCCCUACAGAGCGUUAGCUGUCCAUGUUGCAGUUUUCCAGUCUCAUUGAUUCACCUCCUGUUGCUCUCAUUGUGGCAUUCUCAAUAGAGGCUGAUUUUAGGUGAAGUAACUCCAGUACAUGCUACAUUCUUUCUCCUUCCUCACUACAAUUGGCCCCAUUUUGUUUCUUCUGUUUCCUGAAUGGUUCUUAAAAAGAACUCUCUGGGUGCUUUCAAGUCUGAGUCCUCAUCUGCACUUGACCAUGAUAGAAAUCCUGAGUUGUUGUUUUUUUGGUGAUCACCAGUUGGCUUUAAGUUUACUGUGCCCGAGUUUUUUUUCUUUUUAACUGAGGGGAAAGAAGUUGGUUGAAACGUCAUUGCUGUUUCACACGUAAAGAUCGCCACUUAUAACUACAGCUCUGCUCACCCCCCAUGUCCUAGCUUAUGCA